CUUUGCUGCUUCACUGCUCUUUGUGAAGCAGCGGAGUGCCAGCACACACACUGACACACACACGCUAACACACACACACACACGCUAACACACACACACACACACUGACACACAGCUGAGGCUCCCGUUGUCUAGCUGCUGCUGUGAGGCAGCUCAGCAAAGGAGGCACCACUUUGUUUCUUCUCCUACUGUAGAGGGAUUGUAAAAGGGGAUUGUCGAGGAGAAGAGGAGGUUGUACCGUGAGAGGAUUGUAAAAGGGGAUUGUCGAGGAGGCAUUUGGAGGAGAGGAGGAGAGGAGGAGGCUGUAACGUUAGAGGAUUGUAAAGGAGAAGAGGAGAGGAGGAGGCUGUACCGUUAAGAGGAUUGUAGAGGAGAAGAGGAGAGGAGGAGGCUGUAACGUUAGAGGAUUGGAGAGGAGGUCUUCGCUGGUGUUUUGUCUGGAGCCAUGGAGCGUUUCCUGGUCUUUGUGAAGCAGAUCAGGAGGUCCAGGAGGCGCAAGGGGAAAAAGUACAGACCGGAGGAGGACUAUCAGGAGGGAUAUGAAGAUGUGUAUUAUUAUGCUUCUGAACACCUGCACAAUUCCUGCUACAAAAGCGACGAAGAAGAUGAGGGGCCUUACACAAAGCACUCCAACCCCUCCAGGCCACCGGAUGGAGCGCUGGCCAUCAGGAGGCAGAGUAUCCCAGAUGAGUUUAAGGGCUCCAGUGUUGUAGAGUUAAUGAAGAAAGAGGGAACCACACUCGGCCUCACUGUGUCCGGGGGCGUCGACAAGGAUGGAAAACCUCGGGUGUCCAACCUGCGCCAGGGAGGCAUCGCUGCUAGGAGUGACCAGCUCAACGUGGGCGACUACAUCAAGUCUGUAAACGGGAUCAAUCUGACCAAGUUCCGUCACGACGAGAUCAUCAGCCUGCUGAAGAACGUCGGAGAACGUGUGGUUCUAGAGGUGGAAUACGAGCUGCCACCUGUCUCUGUUCAGGGCUCUGGGCUGAUGUUCAAAAGCGUUGAGGUGACUCUGCACAAAGAAGGCAAUACGUUCGGCUUUGUCAUCCGAGGAGGAGCCCACGAGGACAGGAACAAAUCCCGCCCCGUUGUCAUAACGACGAUCAGGCCAGGUGGACCUGCUGACAGGGAGGGUACGGUGAAGCCAGGGGACAGGCUCCUGAGUAUCGAUGGGAUCCGUCUUCACGGGACAUCCCAUGCAGAGGCCAUGUCCAUCCUCAAACAGUGUGGACAGGAGGCUACGCUACUCAUCGAGUAUGACGUCUCCAUCAUGGACUCCAUAGCCACAGCUUCAGGGCCUCUGCUGGUUGAGGUAGCCAAGUCCCUGGGGUCCAGUCUGGGCCUGGCUCUCAACACCUCCAUGUACUGCAACAAGCAGGUCAUCAUCAUAGACAAGGUCAAGCCCGCAAGCAUCGCAGACAGGUGCGGGGCGCUGCACGCGGGUGACCACAUCCUGUCUGUGGACGGUACCAGUAUGGAGUACUGUACCUUGGCCGAGGCCACCCAGCUGCUCGCCAGCGCCUGUGAACACGUCAAGAUGGAGAUCCUGCCCCACCACCAGACCAGGCUGGCCCUCAAGGGCCCUGAACACGUCAAGGUGCAGAGAAGCACGCGGACCCUUCCCUGGGAGUCCUCCUCAGCCAACAACAACAGCAACUUCCUCCCCUACCAACACUAUAACACCUACCAUCCUGACCAGUCGCAGAGACACCAGGCCUCCAAGCACCACAAAACCUCUCCCAACAAUCCCCCUCUAGGCUCCUCCUUCUCUCCUACCUCUAUGAGUACCUACAGUCUGAGCUCCCUCAACAUGAGCACCCUGCCCAGGAACAUGUACCCCACCAGCCCCAGAGGAACCAUGAUCAGGAGGAAACUCAAGAAGAAGGACUUCAAGAGCUCACUGUCUCUGGCUAGCAGUACCCUGGGUCUAGCUGGUCAGGUUGUUCACACUGAGACGACUGAGGUGAUUCUGGUCAGUGACUCUCUCAUGGGGUUUGGCAUCCAGCUACAGGGCGGGGUGUUUGCCACAGAGACCCUGUCCUCACCCCCGCUCAUCGGCUAUUUGGAUCCAGACAGUCCUGCAGAGAGGUGUGGGAUUUUGCAGAUAGGUGACCGUAUCCUGUCUAUAAACGGGAUCCCUACAGAGGACAGCACCUUGGAAGAGACCAAUCAGCUACUGAGAGACUCCAGCAUCACCAGCAAGGUCUCGCUGGAGAUAGAGUUUGAUGUGGCAGAGUCAGUCAUCCCUAGCAGUGGCACCUUCCAUGUGAAGCUACCAAAGAAGCCUGGGGUGGAGCUGGGGAUCACUAUCAGCUCUCCAUCCAGUAGGAAACCUGGGGACGCUCUCAUCAUCUCUGACAUCAAGAAGGGCAGCGUGGCUCAUAGGACUGGGACUCUGGAGCUGGGGGACAAGCUGCUGGCCAUCGAUAACAUCCGUCUGGACAACUGUUCCAUGGAAGACGCUGUUCAGAUUCUCCAGCAGUGUGAAGAACUGGUCAAGCUCAAGAUCCGCAAGGACGAGGACAACUCAGACGAACAGGAGCUGUCUGGAUCCAUCAUCUACACAGUGGAGCUGAAGAGAUAUGGAGGCCCGCUGGGGAUCACCAUCUCAGGCACAGAGGAGCCCUUUGACCCCAUCGUCAUCUCCAGCCUCACCAAGGGAGGACUGGCCGAGAGGACGGGAGCGAUCCACAUCGGGGACAGGAUCCUUGCCAUCAACUGUAACAGUCUGAAGGGUAAACCACUGAGUGAAGCCAUUCACCUGCUGCAGAUGGCUGGAGAGUCUGUCACCCUGAAGAUCAAGAAACAGGGAGACUUGGCCAGCCCCAAGCAGCCGUCGGUGUCUGGUCAUCUCAGUGAUGUGAUGCUGAGUGAUGUGGAGGACGAGGCAGGGUUAGGCGGGCUGGGAAACCAGGCAGAGAGCCAGAAACUUGGGAAGCUCUCUGACCUCUACUCCACCACCAUCCCCUCUGUGGACUCAGCCGUGGAGUCCUGGGACGGCUCGGCCAUAGACACCACCUUCAACACCCAGGCCCCAGGUUUCCAGGCGUCUGGCUACAGCUUCCACAGCCAUGAGUGGAGGAACGCCAAGCCCAGCCAAGGCAGCCUGUCCCCCGUCAGCACCCGCCAGAGACACAACGUCCUGGCAGACCUGGGCCUCAGCGACGACGAAUGGGACAGACCCGCCGCCGCCGGAGCUUCCACACUGCCCACCGGUCUAAUCACUGACAGCAGGUUCACUGUGGGUCAUGACGGGACCGAGCCGGACCAGGAAGAGAACUUCUGGUCUCAGGCCCUGGAAGAUCUAGAGACCUGUGGCCAGUCUGGCAUCCUGAGAGAACUGGAGGACGAGCCAGACAGGCUUCUGAAUAAGAGAAACUUGGCCACCAUUAUGUCAGGCAGCAGUCUGAGUCUGAACCAUGACCCUGCUCCUCUGAGGAGCCACCUGGGUCGGCAGGCCAGCUUCCAGGAGCGCAGCGCAGCCCGGCCUCAGUACAACCAGUCCUCGCGCUCCAACACCCUGCCCAGCGACGGGGGGCGCAAGGCCUUCGCCAUGAGGAAGAUGAAGCAGGAGAUGAAUGACGUCAUGUCGCCCACACCCGUGGAGCUGCACAAGGUGAGUCUGUUGAAGGAGUCGGACCUUGAAGACUUUGGCUUCAGUGUGUCGGAUGGCCUCCUGGAGAAAGGUGUCUAUGUCAACAACAUCCGCCCAGGGGGACCUGCAGAGGUCGGAGGGCUGAAGUCCUACGACAGGCUGCUACAGAUCAACCACGUGAGGACCAGAGACUUCGACUGCUGUCUGGUGGUCCCUCUGAUCGCCGAGUCAGGAAACAAAUUGGACCUGGUGAUCAGCAGGAACCCUGCUUCCUCCAGAACCGGGUCCCAGUCAGAACUGAACCAGCUACCCGCCGAGGAGCCUGUUAUCAACUGGACCGAGCCGGGGGACAGCCUCUCUGGCCCUCCACCGAACCAGAACCACCAUUCCUUGUCCAGGAUGGCUGCUGGAAUCGGGGUGACUGGGAUCGGGGCGGCGCUGGCCGGGGCUGGGCUAGAUGAUAGAGACCCCACUAAGACCUUAUAGCAGACUGGAGGUCUGAAGGCCCAAGGCUCUCUCUCUCUCCCCUUCCCCUGUGAGUUGUCCUCCCCCUGGUGCUACUUUAGAAAACCACUCUGAUGAGACAGGGGGUCAAUCUAAAAUGGAGCCUUAUUGCACGUGUAGGGCACUACUUCUGUCCAGAACCUCUUUUGCAGGCUAACCCCUCUCAGCUCUGGCUAAAAGUAGUGCACUACCUAGGGAAUAGGGUGCUAUUAAGGACACAGAUAGACAGACAGUGUUCCUAGGUGGAUGGUGGGGUCCUGGGCCGCUAAGUCAAAGCACACUGACAAAACUAAACUCCUUCCUCUGAGCCAGAGCAUGAGCCACAAUCACAAGAGGUUUCCUCCUCUUCCUCCCUCACACUGGGGACUAUUGAGUACGGUACGCACCACUACCCAAAGGACUACAAAGAACUACAAAGAUGGAGGCGAACUACAAAGAUGGAGGGCAACGUCGACCACACUGACCUCUUGGAAAAUACCCGAGACAAAAAUAACAACAGCGAUGAACUGAAACAAUAGUGCCAUCCGACCGAUCCUCUCCUUUUUAUUACUGCAGCUGGACAAUAAAACAGUAACACAGUUCUGUUGUUUAAAACAAACAAAAAAAGACAAAAGACUAACAUUUGCUGAAACGUUUACAUGUGAUGCUGGACUGGCCACUCUGUACGUGUGUGUUUGUGUUGCUGCACCAAUGCUGUGUAGCAGCGUGAUGGAAACAAGGCCAGAGUGAUACAAACCCUCUAUCUAGUUAUUCUAGGGAGUCCUUCCCUUCCUUCUCUCUCUCUCUUGGUCUCUCUCGUUCACACUUGGCUUCUCUCUGUCCUCCUUGUCCUCCUUCAUCUGUCAUACCCGGGUCUCACUAGCUCUCUGUCCUCCUUCAUCUGUCAUACCCGGGUGUCACUAGCUCUCUGUCCUCCUUCAUCUGUCAUACCCGGGUCUCACUAGCUCUCUGUCCUCCUUGUCCUCCUUCAUCUGUCAUACCCGGGUCUCACUAGCUCUCUGUCCUCCUUCAUCUGUCAUACCCAGGUCUCACUAGCUCUCUGUCCUCCUUGUCCUCCUUCAUCUGUCAUACCCGGGUCUCACUAGCUCUCUGUCCUCCUUGUCCUCCUUCAUCUGUCAUAGCCGGGUCUCACUAGCUCUCUGUCCUCCUUGUCCUCCUUCAUCUGUCAUACCCGGGUCUCACUAGCUCUCACUAGCUCUCUGUCCUCCUUGUCCUCCUUCAUCUGUCAUAGCCAGGUCUCACUAGCUCUCUGUCCUCCUUCAUCUGUCAUACCCGGGUCUCACUAGCUCUCUGUCCCUCCCCCCUGUGAUUUCUAAUGGUUUUUACAGAGAAAAUAUCAGUACUGCGUCUCACUUCUUCCCAAUGAUUUUUAAGUAGACUAUUUGACUUGGGGGAAGAAAGAAAAGAAAAAAAAAACAUCUGGAAAAUAGCACAAUAUUUUAAACGUUAGCCCCAUUUAUUUUCUGAAGCCUGUACUGUAGUCCUGCCUCUCGUAGACAAGACUGAGGAGGAGGGUGUUGAAAUGGAACCGGGACAGUCAGUCGUCCCCUUAGGCUUCAUCACAAUGCGUUUGGCAGACGAGACUAGAAGUGACGUCUCCUCUCCAUGCAUGUCACCAAGCACACUGGUUGACCUAGAAGCAUAAUAUAUGAAAAGGAUUUAAAAAGCUUUGCUUUGGGGAGGAGAAUGAAGAAGCAGCUUUAUCUAGGCUACGCGCAAUUAGAAAGAAACAAAACAACAAAACACAAUCUGCAAUUCCCCAAAAACAAAAUGGCGACAUCUCUGAAUCCUAGAAUACAGGAUCGCCCAUUUCCCUGAAGCACCUUAUCCUUCAUUUGGACAUAGAUCUAUUUUCAUAAAUAGAUGCAGAAGAGAUGUUUUUUUUUUACUGUACGAGGAGGUGAUAUAUGCAAUGUGCUUCCUUACAGCUGCACUAGUAAAGGAGGAAGAACUGA